AUGGGGACCCUUGUGAUGGUUAUACUGAUCCUGGUGAUGGGUGUUCAGAAUCUGGUGACUGGCACACAGACUCUGUGCCUGGUUAUAGUAUAUAAAAAGUUGCCUUUUCUAUACCUCGAUGAGGAGGAAGACGAUGAUGAUGAGUAUGAUGAUGUGGAGGAAAUCCUGCUGGAGAAGCGGAUGACGUUCCAGAUGAUGGAGGAGAACCAGUGGCAGAACAAUGGGACAUUUGUAUUGAGGGUGAUUUAUGACGAUGACGUUAAUGCCAACAAAGUGACGUUCACCAAGGACAAAAAGGAGGACCUCUGCAAUCAUCUCAUUACCAUCGAAUCAAUUAUCAACCUUGACAAGGGCAAGCAUUUUUGUGAAUGGCACCUAAUUGACUUUGCCACAGAUGAACCAAUCAGGCGGGGCUUUAGAGCGGUGUUUAGCUCAGUUCCUGCUGCGGAGAAAUUCUACAAAAGUUUCCAACAAAGACGCACUUUGGCCCGAGACUCAGAAAUCUCUGAGCGAGACAUGGAACCCCGGGAACUGUUGGUGCCAGAAGUACAUGGGCGAGGAGCUUACGAUGACUGAUGAUAAUACGAGUGAAAUGUAAACGCAUUGUAUUAUUGUAUGUGUAUUGUUAUGCAGGACCUCUGACCCUGGUCCACCCCAACCUUACCUGGUCCAACCUACUGGAGCUCCAGUUCCGAUUCUACUGUCUACCAUACUACACAUGUUUACCUUGUUUUCCUUAUAUAUUGUCUAUUGUCUGUUGUCUGCCACAUAUUGUCAUGUAAGACACCAGAUAUUUGUACUAUAUGUUUUUUAGUAUCUCGGCUACACAACAUUGGCGUCGCCGGUAAACUUUUAUAAAUCGUCUUUUUUGUGUAUUUUUGGGGUAUUUUUGUCCACACGGCGAUACACAUAUCGCCGGUUGGAUUUUCUCGGUCAAGUUCGUUUUUGAGCAACAUUUAUUUGCAUUGGACGUUUAUUAUAAGCGUCAGGUGCGUUUUUCCUACAAUUUGACCGGUUAUUUCAUGUUUUCAUAGUGUGUUUUUGUCACGGCGUGCUGACAGUUAGCACGUGCGGCGUCUGCUAUUUUCAUAUCGGAACUCAAUAUUGUCAUUAUUUUUUCUACUGGGUAUUGUCGUUUACUUGCGUUUUCAUAAGCGUACUUAAAGCGAAAUUUAGUAUAAUUCGUCUUGUAUUUUUGUCUUUCGUGUUUCUGUAAACACGUGGGUGACCGUUUCUUUUGCAUGAUAAGCGUGAAUUGUAAAUACGUGUUCAAGAGUGUAAAAUUUUCGUAGUUUUUCAAUUAUUUUUCGUAUGCAUGUAGUAUAUUGUCACACUCAAGCAUUUAUCUAACUUUGAAAGUCAUACUUGUAGUUAUUAUUACCUAGAAAAGGUUUUUCAUAUUUUUGACAUUUUGUUUACAGUUUCGGUCGUCUUGUCUGUCGCCAUUUGAGCGCCAAAUCGACUGUGACGUUCGAAAGUGAAAGGAAGUGAAAGGAACUUUCACUUUCGGUUUCAUUUUCUGAAAACGUGUUUGUUUACAUUAGACUAGUUAGUAGUUUAUAAAAUAUAUUUUCAAGCUUUAGUUAGUAGUUUUAAGUAAGGUUAUUACUGUUUACAUAAACAUUUACUUAAUUCAUAAGGAGAAGUAAUAUUUUGAAAUAUUAUCUUGAACUCUUUUUGCUGCUGUUGCAGUAUAUCAGUUGUGAGCAGCAUUGUUUGAUAAGUUCACGAUAUCAUAAGGUCUUUACAUAUCUAUUGACAAUAAUAUUGUAUUAGUUGAACAUAUCAUAAGUUUAUGACAAGUACUUUGGGCUGUUAUAUUUGUAAAUUAUUCAGAUUUUUUAAAAUUACACUUUAGGAAAAAAAUUGUUUUUUGAAAAAAGAGAAUUUUUGUUUUUUCUCAAUUUUUCAAAUUGUGUUUUACUCAUAUAGGUUAUCAUUGUUCAGUCUUUGUUUGGAAUUACAUUUUUUGAA